UAUAUAACAAAUAAUUUUAGUGACAAAAGCUACAUGAAAAAGUUGGCAACAAUCCAAGGUGUUGGGUCUCUUGUCAGUUUAGUCAGAGGAAUAAGCAGUCUACAAGCGUCAGCUCCAUCUCUUCUACCACCAAGCCCAAGACAUCUAUCUACAGAAAGCAGCGCAAAGCUGAAAGAUGGUGAUACGACACACAGACCAUUAACAAUAAACCUACUGCCCCUCUGGAGGGGCCAGAAGAAACAGGGCGUACGAUACGGCUCCUCCAUCCUCCUCAGCAAGAUCCAAGAGCUGUCUCGGGGACAACUAACCAGCAACUUUAUAACAGAUCGCAGUCUGAACAAUAAUGAUGUUAUCAGUCAGGAGAACUUUCUGGAGACGAUGAGUGAGGUGGGUAAGGAGGUAGAGGUUGGUGACGACAUGGUGGUGAACCUGGGUGGGGAUCACGCUAUCCCCAUGAUGACCAUCCCCAACAUGCUCCACAAGUACCCCAACCUCCGGGUCAUCUGGAUUGACGCUCACGCUGAUAUUAACUCUGUAGAGACCUCUCCUUCUGGUAACUUCCACGGCAUGCCGGUCUACUUUCUUUCUAACGCUUCAGGGAGCAAGGAAGGGAAGUUUGACCUGGCUAACAUGGCCUAUGUUGGAGUCCGGGAGACCGACUCGGGAGAGGAUGCACUGCUAGAGGAGUUCUCUGUCAGGAACUACACCAAGACAGAGAUAGACCAGAAGGGUAUAUACUCGGUGGUUGAGGAUCUGAUCGAGCGCCUGAGUCUGGAAGAUAACCCAGUCCACAUCUCGUUUGAUAUCGACGCUUUGGACCCCACCCUGACUCCGAGUACUGGGACUAGAGUCCCUCAUGGUUUGUCAGUGUUGGAUGUGGUGACCAUCUUCAGAGAGGUCAGGAAGACUGGAAACUUGGUAUCUUGUGAUAUUGUCGAGUUUAACCCCCUGAUCGGGACUGAAAUUGAGGUGGAGACAACACUAAAUUCGAUCAUUCCCGUGUUGGAGACUCUUAUUUAAAUGUUUUUGGUACUCCGUAUAAAAUUGCUCACCUAAUGCGGGUUUUGACUCAGCGGGUAAUUACUCCUACCCUUUUUAACUGCGGCAGUGAAAUCCCGGCCGAAGGCCGGGUUACACUAGUAUAUAAUAUAUAUAUUAUGAUUGGUAUUGUUUUACACACAUUAUUGGUAUUGUUUUACACACUAAAAAAACUUUGACAAUGUGCUGUGCAGGACAGCAAAAUACUAUGUUAUCAUAGUUGAUAGUUGUUGAGUGCCAAUGGAUCUACCAAAAUAUGUUUCUCAGUAGACCAAACAGAUAGUUGUUACUGUAGCAAGAGUGCUGCGGCCCGCCCGCUCACCUAGUCACUUGUUAGACUCCGCCACAGCCAAGCGACUAAUAGUGAGGGGUUAAGGUACCAUACGGGUAACGGGAAUAACUCUCUCCAAGGAUUUAACCACCAAGAACAGGUCCUAGCCAACUCCAACUUGCUUCAAGUCCAACUCCGAAAGGGGUCCAUAAUAAAACACAAGGUUAUAUUAUUUGAAAUCCAUAUAAGUAUAUCGUCACGCAUUUUAUAUCGCCAUGUAGUAGAUAUCCUUACGGGAAUUUUCUGCACUAUACGCUAUAGAGACACCAGAUAUUCUGUAUUUUUGACCGUAGAAUUCAUUAAAAGUGGUCCUGAGAUGAUUAGACUGAUUUUCCCCGGCUAAAACCCAAUUUUCGGUUUUAAAAUAGGCAAAAAAACCAUUUUUUAAAAUUUUUGAGCAAGUUAAUUUCGUUCAUGGCAUAUCAGCAAAAUUUGCAUAAAAGUGUAAAUUAGAACUAGCUGCACAAGAUUGUGUCAAUAUUGUGCUAUUAUUGCAGGAAUUCCCGGUCAAAAAUCCAAUCGAAUGGCGAUAUAGGGUUGUCGAGAUACAGUGUAUGAUAUGAAUUGUGCCAGGCAGGGCAGACGAUAAACAACUUACCAAAAAUUUUACCGUGGAUGUUUAUAGUCAUUUG